CUCUCUCCAAGGAGAACUUUCUCUGGGAAUUUUCACUUAUGAUCUUUUUCGAGGUCUGUUUUAAAAGCCCGGCUCUUUUGUCGCUUCCACAUGGGUAGUUUGCUUCUAGAGCUCAAUCACAUUCAAAGGCGAUUUCCGAAGACUCGAGGAGCACAACUAGAGCUACAUUGAACUCGCCGCAAUGGAAUGGCUAGGCCAUGCCAAAACGACUUUCACUCACUCUCCAACUCCUCUUCCCCUCAACAAGAAAGAUGGAACAUCCACUGAUUUAGUCUCGAUAUGCUACGAAGCAACUCCCCCUUGUCGUCUAAAUCCUCUCCUAUUCAAUGGUCACCUCCAAACGAUGUGGACAGCAAUAAAGAACGACGGUCCACCUAUUCAUUAUAAGCGCAGGCUGUUUGAGAAUGAGGAUCCCAAUUUCAAAGGUUCAUUCGCAGUUGAUUUCGUUGUUCCUCCCUUUUCAGAGACAGAUGAGAGUCUACCUCCCAGAACCGUGCAUUUCACGGAGGAAGAAUUCGAGAACAUAGGAUCUUUGGAUACUCGUCCAAUGUUAGUAACCCUGCAUGGACUAUCCGGGGGAUCUUAUGAGAUCUAUUUAAGACAGGUGUUAGCUCCUCUGGUAACGGCUGCAGGGGAGCGUGAGUGGGCUGCAUGUGUAGUCAACUCCAGAGGUUGUGCUAUGCAUAAAAUCACCAGCAAUGUUUUGUAUAAUGCAAGGGCUACGUGGGAUUGCCGACAAACCGUGAAGUGGUUGAGGAAGACGUUUCCAAAUAGACCUUUGUAUGGGAUUGGAUACUCCUUGGGAGCCAACAUCUUGACCAAUUACAUUGCCGAAGAAGGUCCAUUAUGUAUGCUCAGAGCAGCUGUCAUUGUUUCAAGUCCAUGGAAUUUGGACGCAGGAAACCGGGCACUUCAACGAACUUGGAUUGGAAGAGAGAUCUAUUCCAAAACAAUGGGCACUAAUAUGAAGAAACUCAUCGACCUCCACUAUGACCAGGUAUCUAAAGGCUCUAGGCUGGAUUUUGCCAAGAUACGCCAGGCCAAAUAUCUUCAUGAGUUUGACAGAGAAGUGCAAGGACCGACUUGGGGCUAUCCGACAGAAGGAGCAUAUUACCGAGACUCAUCAUCUGUCGAUUCGUUGCUCGCAGUUAGAAUCCCAUUAUUUGCCAUCAGUGCCAAAGACGAUCCGAUUGCGCAGGAUGAAGCUUUGCCAUACGAAGAGAUGAAACGAACCAAGUAUGGCGUCUUGUGCACAACCACCCUAGGGGGGCAUUUGUCCUGGUUUGAGAUUGGUGGAACUAGAUGGCAUGCUCGCCCGGCAGUAAAUUUUCUCAAUACCAUGGCUUUCGAAGUGGAACUUGAUGCUCCUGGCAAUGUUAAUGCAAACGGAUCCGCCAAAGGAGAGGAGCUUGGCGACAUUCGAUUUAAACCCAUGAACCGGAAAUGGGCUCCCUAGAAAAAGAUCCGAUAAGUUUGAUGCUGUACAAAUAGACGCCUAAUGAUAGACUGUACAUACGAGACGAUACUCUUGGGUUUGGACAUGCUUUCAGAAAGACAAUGAUACAAAGAAGUCUAGCACAGAUUAGCACUCUGCUUGAACAUACCACCGGUACCAUGCAGACUGAAACAAUAAAUACGAG